AUGUUAGUUGGGGUCAACUGGGCCCUCAUCACAGAGCACGGCGCCCCCAGCUCUCAUAUUCUUCACACUGUCCCUGCACCCGGGGUCACAGAGCAUGUGCAGAGCCUUCCCGCCCACUUCCGGAGGAACCGCCAAUCACCGCGCAGGCUGAGCCCCAGGCAGGAAGCCGCGAACUUGGUGGGUUUAAGGUUUGAGUACUUCAUCGCCGGAAUUAUCUUACCUACCAUCUUUGUUCAAGGCUCAGUGGAAUUUGUGGCGGCCCUGGCUGACCUCCGAGCAGAGGCUAGCUGUCCCAUCUGUCUCGACUACUUGAAAGACCCAGUGACCAUCAGCUGCGGGCAUAACUUCUGUCUCUCCUGCAUCAUUAUGUCCUAAGAUCUAGAUGAUAGUUUCCCCUGCCCCUUUUGCCACUUUUGCUGUCCAGAAAGGAAAUGUGUUAGCAAUCCCCCGCUGGGUAUUGAACUUGCUAAGCAACUCCAGAUAAGAAGCAAGAGGAAGAGGCAGGAAGAGAAGCAUGUGUGUAAGAAGCAUAAUCAGCUUUUGACUUUCUUCUGUCAGAAAGACCUAGAGCUUUUAUGUCCAAGGUGCAGUUUCUCCACUGAUCACCAGCAUCACUGUGUUUGGCCCAUAAAGAAGGCUGCCUCGUAUCAUAGGAAGAAACUGGAGGAAUGUAAUGCACUGUGGAAGGAGAGAGUGGAACUACAAACCACAAAAUCACUAGAACUGAAGAAACAGACAGAGUCUCGCUCUGUCACCAGGCUGGAGUGUAGUAGUGCAAUCUCAGCUUAUUGCAAUUUCCGCCUCCCAGGUUCAAGUGAUUCUCCUGCCUCAGCCUCCUGA